AUGGUGAGCUCAGAUAUCUCAACCGCCUCUCCUAGAAAGCUGGAGGGCAAAGUGGCAAUCAUCACCGGCGGAGCUAGCGGCAUAGGCGAGAGCACCGCCAGGCUGUUCGUCCACCACGGAGCCAAGGUCCUCAUCGCCGACGUUCAAGACAAACUCGGACAGUCCCUCGCCAUGGAUCUCGGCCCGCCGGAGAUCGUCUCCUUUGUCCACUGCAACGUUACAAGUGAUUCUGACCUUGAGAAUGCCGUUGAUACAGCGGUGUCAAGGUACGGCCAGCUAGACAUCAUGUACAACAACGCUGGAAUCGGAGGUAACCUCGACACCACCAUCUUAAACUCGGACAACGCCGACUUCAAGAAGGUGCUUGAAAUCAACCUCUUCGGAUCCUUCCUCGGAGCCAAACACGCCGCCAGGGUUAUGAUUCCCGCAAGGAAAGGUUGCAUCUUGUUCACCGGCAGCGUUGCCGCUUCUAUAAGUGGCGACUUGUCUUACGCAUACAAGGCUUCCAAGCAUGCUAUUUUGGGGCUCAACAACAACUUGACCGUGGAGCUGGGCAAGUACGGCAUCAGGGUCAACACCAUUUCUCCCUAUGGAGUGGCCACUCCCAUGGUCACAAGCGGCAUGCAAAUGGACAAGAAGGCUGCUGAGGAAUUCAUGUCCGCCGCUGGAAACUUGAGAGGGGCUAUCCUCGAACCCGAGGAUGUUGCUCGGGCUGCCUUAUACUUGGCCAGUGACGAUGCAAAAUACGUGAGCGGAUUGAAUUUGAUAGUUGAUGGAGGCCACAAUCACAACCAUCCGCUUUUUGGUGCAACAGAUUCGCUUGCCAACUGA